AUGCUUCGUGUUUGGCGAGUUUCGGGUGAAGAGUUAAUUUCUAUACCCGUGGAGGAGUUGACGGAGACGGAAGCGGGUGAACUGAAGCGCCGCUUGCAAAGCGUGUGUGGAUGGCCGAAGUCUUUUCAGAGACUCCUUCACGAGGGAGCGCCAUUGGAGGACGACGCCCAGCUCGAUGGCCCAAUGGAUGUCCAGCUCGUCAUGCUACCGCUCGACAGUGGAUCCGGUACUUCCCAGGACCAGCUCAACUCCGCACUUGUCGACGCUGCCGCUGAGGGCGAGCUGGAUAUAAUCACUCAACUGCUGGAAGCUCGUGCUGAUCUUGACGGACAUGACUGGAGAAGGUUGGCGCCGCUCCAUGCAGCAUGCCGAAGUGGCCAGCGGGAUGUAGCGACUUUGCUGUUGGACCUCGGUGCAGACGUAAACCGAGAUUUGGCUGGCAGCACCCCUCUUUGUGCUGCAUGUGAGGGAAACCACGAGGAUAUCGUCGAAAUGCUCGGGUUCAGAGGUGCAGAUCCGAAUCUCGGUUCCCCGCUUGUGAUUGCGCAAGAGAACGGCAACGAUGACAUCAUGGAGAUGCUCAUUCAUCAGUUCGGUGCUAGCACUGUAUGCCUCCACCGUUUCCGAGACCAUAGUCCAGUGCGUUGGAGCUUCGGUUCUGGCUCCAGCUUCUGA